AUGUCCAGGGAUGAAGCUCAAUUCGAUCAAGAAAAGGAGAUGCUGGUGACAUUCAGUGGAAACGCCAACCCACAUUUGAUUUCCCUUUUGGCGACAUAUGAGCAAUACAAUGAGUACUACCUCAUCUUCCCUUGGGCCGAGGGCGACCUUCAGUCCUUUUGGCGCGACCUUGACCCUAAGCCGUCAAUGACCCACGACUCAGUCCUCUGGGUGGCCGAGCAGUGCUUUGGGGUUGCUAAGGGACUUCUAGCUAUUCAUCGACACCAGACCGUCAACCUUACCAGGCACAAAUCUGCUUUCGCAGGCCAUCAAGCCAUACCUUGCCCAGAAAAUCAGGUAUGGCCACUUUUCGGGGUCCAUGGAGAUAUCAAGCCACAGAAUGUACUAUGGUUCCAGGAUGACCUCCGCGACGAUAAACGUGGAAUCCUGAAAAUCUCAGAUUUCGGCUUAGCUGAGUUCAAGACCAGCACCACCAAGAUAUACAGGCCAUCCAGCCAGGUUGCCCUGUCCGCGUCAUACCGGCCACCUGAAUGUGAGUCCAAAAAUGGGCGCAUCGGCCAGUCUCAGGAUAUAUGGGCACUUGGAUGUCUAUACCUCGAAAUGGUUGCGUGGUUGCUGGGAGGUUGGCAGCUGGUACAAGAGUUUCAGCAGCGCCGUGCCUCAGGGGAGGGGUUUUCUUAUUAUGGACACGCAGCAGACACUGCAUUCUUCCAAAUAGAGAGUGUCUCCAAAGAUGGCACAGCCUUUGUGAUGGUCAAACCUGCAGUGACUGAGUUCAUCGACUACCUCCGCAGCAUUCCGACCUGCACCGAAUAUAUCCACUCGUUCCUUCACCUCAUACAAACAGAGAUGCUGAUCCUCAAGCCAACGAAUCAACGGGAAAGGGGGCGCAUAGGCGCAAUUGAGCUCGUUUCGAAGCUCAAUCGCAUGUGGCAGAACUGCCAAGAUACCGAGUUUGCGACAACGUCAGUGGGUUGGCUGUAG